AUGAUCGGCUACAAUGGCAGUGUCCAUGGAUACUUCAAAGGCAAGUGUGGGUUGAGGCAGGAUGACCCUCUUUCUCCCUAUUUGUUCGUAAUUGCGAUGAAUUUACUAUCCAUAAUGUUGAACAAUGCAGCAGCAGACUUGAAGAUAAAGUAUCACUCCAAAUGUGCUUCCUCGAAACUCACCCACUUGUGCUUUGCUGAUGAUCUUUUGAUUUUCAUAGAUGGCUCACUCUCUUCCGUUCAGAAUGUGCUUCAGGUCAUGCGGGAAUUCGAGCUUCGCUCUGGUUUGGCUGUCAGUGUCCAGAAAUCUUCAUUCUUUGCUUUUGGCCUGUCACAACAAGAGCUAGACACAAUUAAAGCCUCUACGGGAAUGCCACAACCCUCACUCCCUGUGAGAUAUUUGGGUGUUCCUUUAAAUACUAAGAAGCUAACAAUUCAUAAUUGUGAGGUCUGGAUUCAACAGUUUAGGAAUGAAGUUUUAGAUGGAUGCCUAAGUAACUACUGGACGGUGAAGAUAAAUCCCAAGUACUCAUGGCUAACAAACAAACUGAUUAAGAUGAGAGAUGUGGUCUAUAUAUGGAUCAAAUUGCGAGUGGAGAAUGGAAGAAGCUGUAGAUUUUGGACAGAUAACUGGUCACCUUAUGGAUCGCUGGAUAACUACUUGAUGAGAGUUACAAACUCCGGAUUUGCAAUCCCAAAAACUGCAACACUCUAUGAUCUUCUGGUAGAUGGGCAGUGGGUGCUUCCUCCUGCACGUUCUAAUGAGUUUCUUCAAGUUCAAAUAUACUUAACUACUCUCUCAUUAACCGAAGAAGAAGAUACCUAUGAGUGGGCUAUCUCUGAUUUACCUUCAACUCGCUAUAGCACUGGUGAGGUCUACGAUCAAUUAAGGCAUGAAGGAGAGGUGGUGUCGUGGUCGAAAGUUGUCUGGAUUAGUGGAGGGAUACCGAAGCACAGCUUUCUCACUUGGCUAUUCAUCCUAAACCAUUGUCCAACAAGGGACCGUAUGCUUCGAUGUGGGAUUCAAACUGACUCUUCUUGCCUUCUCUGCAACGCCCACCAGGAAUCGAGAGAUAAUCUCUUCUUCCUCUGCCCUUAUGCUUGGGAUUUGUGGCUAUCUAUGCAAAACUUAGGGGGAAACAAACUUCGGAAGCGUCUCACUUUCAUCGCCUGGCAAGCGACAAUCUAUUGGCUUUGGCAAGAGAGGAACAAUAGGCUUCACCGCCAACAGUUCUGCUCCAAUGAUGCUCUUUUCCGACUUCUAGAUAGGCAGAUAAGAGACAGGAUACUAUUUUUCCGCCAGCAAUCACCGAUCAACUCUUCCUCAGUCAUGCAAAUGUGGCUUUGA